AUGGAUGCAAUUAUUGUCUUGGUGCUCAUCCUCUCCUGUCUGCUUCUCCUCUCACUGUGGAGACAGAGCUCUGCGAGAGGGAAUCUCCCUCCUGGUCCUACUCCUCUCCCAAUUAUUGGCAAUUUCCACCUGAUAGAUAUGAAGGAUAUACGCCAAUGCUUAACCAAUUUUUCUAAAAUCUAUGGCCCUGUGUAUACUCUCUAUUUCGGCUCACAGCCUGCUGUGAUAUUGCAUGGCUAUGAGGUAAUGAAAGAAGCCCUCAUUGAUCAUGGUGAAGAGUUCUCCGGAAGAGGAAAAUUCCCACUUUUUGAAAAAUGUUCUAAAGGACAGGGCAUUGGUUUUAGCCGUGGAGAUGUAUGGAGAGCCACAAGGCAUUUCACAGUCAGUACCCUGAAGAAUAUGGGCAUGGGAAAAAGGACCAUUGAGAACAAAGUGCAAGAAGAAGCACAGUGGCUUGUGAAGCAACUGAAGAAAACCAAUGGCUUACCCUGUGAUCCCCAGUUCAUCAUGGGAUGUGCUCCCUGCAAUGUCAUCUGCUCCUUUAUUCUCCAGAAUCGUUUUGAUUAUGAAGAUAAGGAUUUUCUUAGCUUAGUAGGAAAUGUGAAUGAGUGCGUUAAAAUUAUGAGCUCUCCUGGGUCUCAGGUUUUCAAUGCAUUCCCUAUACUGCUUGAUUAUUGUCCAGGAAAUCAUAAGAUAUUUUUUAAAAAAUAUGCAUGUAUUAACAGUUACCUUUUGGAGAAAAUAAAAGAACAUGAAGAAUCAUUGGAUGUUACAAAUCCUCGGGACUUCAUUGACUACUUCCUAAUUCAAAGAAAUCAGGAAAAUGGUAAUCAUCAGAUGAACUAUACCUUCGAACACCUGGCAUCAUUGGUGACUGAUCUGUUUUUUGCUGGGACAGAGACAGUAAGUUCAACGAUGAGAUUUGCUCUCCUGCUCUUGAUGAAGUACCCACACAUCACAGCCAAAGUCCAGGAAGAGAUUGAGCACGUGAUUGGCAGGCACCGCAGCCCCUGUAUGCAGGAUAGGAUCCACAUGCCCUACACAAAUGCCGUGGUACAUGAGGUUCAGAGAUUCAUUGACCUUGCCUCCAAUGGUGUGAUACAUGAAGUGACUUGUGACACUAAGUUCAGAAACUAUUUCAUCCCUCAGGGUACAAUGGUAAUAACAUCACUGUCAUCAGUGCUUCAUGACAGCAAGGAGUUCCCCAACCCAGAGGUGUUUGACCCUGGCCACUUUCUAGAUGCCAAUGGAAACUUUAAGAAAAGUGACUACUUCAUACCUUUCUCAGCAGGAAAACGGAUGUGUGUGGGAGAGAGCCUUGCCCGCAUGGAGCUAUUUCUAUUCCUUACCACCAUUUUACAGAAUUUCAAACUGAAACCGCUGGUUGACCCAAAGGACGUUGAUAUAACCCCAAUAUGUUCUGCAUUUUCUAAAAUUCCUCCCACUUUCCAAAUGUGCUUUAUCCCUGUCCAAUGA